AACGUGUCAUAAUCUUAAUAAUUGUUAUUUUUAUAAAGUGACUUGUUUGACAAUUUUGAAAUUAGAAGCAUAAUGAAUCUUCGGUUCAUGUUAUUAGUUAUGAUUACAAUGUUGAAAAAUUCAGUGGCUUCUCCAUUUCAUCAAAGAAAACUAACGUACAAUAGAGUGAUUUACAUGUUUACAAUUUAUUUAAAAUUGAAGAGACUGGAAAGUGCCAAAAAACAGAAGCGCAAGUGCUGGGUGCGACCGAUAUUUCAGCUGGAAAGAAGACGAUUGCAAGGAGCAAGCGACAACUUGGUACUAGAAAUGCAAUUGAAUGAUUCAGACAAGUAUUUCAAUUACUUUAGAAUGUCACCUGAAACAUUUCAAAGACUAUUAGUAUUGGUUGGGCCAGGUAUUACAACACAAGAGUGUAUCAGGGAACCAAUACCUCCUCGUACUCGAUUGGAAGUCACUUUACGCUAUUUAGCAUCUGGUGACAGUAUGACAUCAAUUUCAUAUGCAUUUAGAAUCGGUCAUAAUACAGUUUCCAAAAUAAUAGCAGAGGUAUGCGAAGAAAUAUGGACUACCUUGAAAGAAAAAGUUUUUUUGCAACUUAAUGAAACUAAUUGGCAUACAAUCAGUGACGAUUUCAACAAAGACUGGAACUUUCCACAUUGCAUUGGAGCAAUAGACGGCAAACACAUUGUGAUGCAGGCGCCAGCUAAUAGUGGCUCUUGCUUCUACAACUACAAAGGAAACCAUAGCAUCAAUUUGCUAGCCAUUAGCGAUGCUAAGUAUCGCUUCAUAAUUGUUGACAUCGGAGCUCCGGGAAGGCAAGGUGAUUCAGGAGUUCUCACUAACAGCGGGCUGAUGAAUCUGUUGGAAGACAAGAAAUUAAAAAUACCGCCAGCUGCACAACUUGAUGGCAGUAACGAAGAAUUUCCCUUCGUUUUUGUUGCAGACGAAGCGUUUCCACUCACGACCUACAUGAUGAGGCCGUACCCUCGAAGUGGAAAUUUAAAUAUAACAAAUAAAAUUUUUAAUUAUAGACUUAGUCGCGCGAGAAGAGUCGUUGAGAGUUCGUUUGGAAUAUUAGCUGCACGUUGGAGAAUUUUUCGUCGGCCGAUUAUAGCAUGUACGUCAACUGUCCAAAAAAUUGUCCAAGCUUCAACAGCUUUACAUAAUUUUAUUAUUACUUCAGAAGAACAUCUGCCAUUGCGAGAAAGACGCUACCAAACUCUCAGUACUGCAGAUCGUGAAAUAAUUUCUAUGGGAUUAGUAGAUAUUAAUAAAAGAAACAGAUAUCAAAAUCUUGAAGCAAUUAGAGUGCGAAAUGAAUACGCGUCGUAUUUUGAAGAUGUGAAUCCAUUAUCGUGGCAGUGGGAUAAAGUACUCGCAAAUGAUUUUUAGUCUCUAUUUAAAUAAUCUUUUUAAAAAAGAUGUACAUAUUUUUUUCAUUAAAAUCAAUAAAAUAAUAGCAUAACAUUCUAGUAGAUUUAGCUUUAAUUCCAACAAUUAUAUUUUUUAUU